UCCGGCCAAUGAUUGCUAACCGAUUUCUCGUUAGCUCGAAUGGAAAUGUCCGUCUCUGUCUGAUUUUUUUAUUUGUUGUCUGAGUGAAUGAGGGCUGCUCAUCAGGAAGUAUCCAGCGGGUGAAACUUAAAAAAAGAAGUGUUUAUCAUUUCGGCCUCGGCCACGUCUUGCUCUGCUCCGUACGACAAAGAACAGGCCGGCGCGGUCUGUGUAGGCGCUAGCUGCAGUGGAUUUACAGUGAGAAUAUGCUCGAGGGCCAUUAUGUACCUGAACAGGUUAACUACAGAAGAUGGACGGAGACAGCUCGACCACAGACGCUUCCCAGCUGGGCAUCACCGGAGAGUACAUGGCAUCCAGUCACUACGUUCUCCAGUCUCAAGAUGAUGAUGCAGAGGAGAAUCUGAAUGACCAUGAAGACAGUGGAGUCAAAGAGAACUACAGGGAGCAGGACAUCUAUCUUCCUAUUGCCAACGUGGCUCGCAUCAUGAAGAAUGCGGUUCCUCAGACUGGAAAGAUUGCGAAAGAUGCCAAGGAGUGUGUGCAGGAGUGCGUGAGCGAGUUCAUUAGCUUCAUCACAUCAGAGGCGAGCGAGCGCUGCCACCAGGAGAAGAGGAAGACCAUAAAUGGGGAGGACAUCCUGUUUGCCAUGUCCACGCUGGGCUUCGAUAUGUACGUGGAGCCACUGAAGCUGUACCUGCAGAAAUUCAGAGAGGCGAUGAAAGGGGAGAAGGGGAUGCCUGGGGUGGCAGUGGGAGAAAGCCUGGGGGAGGAUCUCACAGAUGAUAGCUUCACAAAUCCACUGCCAGGUGGGAUUAUCACAGCAGACGGACAGCAGCAGAACGUCAUGGUGUAUACCACCUCAUAUCAACAGAUUCCCACUGUACAACAGAUCCAGUUUUCAUGACAAGGGCUAACUCCGAGCCCGACCACAGCGGCUUCACACCGCGCCCGCACUCGUCUGAUGACCUCUGACCCCACCACAGGGUAAUGGUUACCAGAUCAACAGGGAGAGAGGAGGGAGAGGCAUCUGCACAAACCCUCAUGUACAGAGAAAUCAAUACCUGUUGAGUAGAAAGUGUAGUUUCUAGUUAUGAGGUACCAAAUGUUUUGGAGUGUAUCCAAAGCAGCUUGGGAAUUUGAGGCUUAAUUUUAAAGGCUAGACUUAUUACAUGUGUGUGUUACUGUGUUUGCUUUUAUGCAUUUUUUUCUUGUGGGGUUGGUGGUAGUAGGGGGAAGUGUUGUAUUGGAAGCUUAUUUUUGAAGGUCUUCUCUAUUUGAACUGAGAGAAGCCAUGUUACUGUCAAAUCAGAUCAUGCAGCUCUUUUGUAACUUCACCCAAUUUACCAUGUGCUUUAAUGUCAUGUAAAUCCUUUGAAUAAAAGUCCAAGAGUGAUGUUUAAACUU